AUGUAUAAUUCUACAUAUGUGUUUGAUGAUGAUUCUGAGGAUGAAAUCCCUACCCAACAAGCUAUUCAGGAAAGCUUACAAGAUAGCCAUAAAAUUGAAACAAGCAGCAGUGUGACAGAGGAUGAAAGUUUCCAGUAUAUUGCAAGUAAAGAACGUGGAGAGAUAAUUGCAGCAAUCCGUACAGGUCAAGAAGAGGCCUUGAAGAAGUUGGUGAAGCACAGUUCUGCUUUUGAAGAAGCAGAUCAGCAAGGCUGGCUUCCUCUGCAUGAAGCUGCAGCACAACUCAAUAAGAACAUCCUUGAAAUAACUUUGAAAGCCUCCCGUGCCGUUACGUGGGAACAGGCCACUCUAAAAGGGGAAACGCCGCUCUUGGUAGCAGUAAGAAAUUGCUUUGUAGAGAAUGUCCAUUUUCUCCUGCUCAAUGGCUGCAAUCCCAAUGUUAAGAAUGAAGAGGGGGAUUCUGCUUUAGUUAUAGCAAUUAAACAUGAUUCAUAUGAGAUGGCCUCCUUGUUGAUAAAUUCUGGUGCAAAAGUGAAUUUGCAAUGUGUCCACAAGAGGACUGCUCUACAUGAGGCAGCCAGACUUGGCAGGAAGGAUCUGGUGAAGCUUCUCCUUCAUUCUGGAGCAGAUCCUGACCCUCGCAGUGGAUAUGGGCUCACACCUCUAGCACUGGCUGCAGAGACGGGACAUAUAGAAAUCAUGGAGCUCUUGCUGCAAAGAGGUGCAGAUGUUCUUUCACAGGCAAUGGAUUGUGCUUCUGUAUUAUUUGAAGCAGCAGGAGGAGGAAAUCCAGAUUCUCUGAGACUUUUACUAGAAUAUGGGGCUGAUGCCAAUGUACCAAAGCACUCAGGUCAUUUGCCAAUCCACAGAGCUGCAUAUAGAGGACAUUUUCUAGCCCUGAAAAAUUUAGUUCCAGUUACCAAUUUUGAUGCCAUUAAAGAAAGUGGGAUAAGUCCAGUUCACUCAGCAGCAGCAGGAGCACAUCCUCAGUGUCUUGAGUUUCUCCUCAAGUCUGGGUUUGAUGCCAACUUUAUGCUGGAUCAAAGAAUUCGCAAAGGCUACCAUGACCACCGCAAGUCAGCAUUGUACUUUGCAGUUUCCAACGGCGAUAUCUGUUCAACACAGUUGCUAUUGAAUGCUGGAGCCCUGCCAAAUCAAGAUCCCAUCAACUGUCUCCAAGUAGCCUUGAGAAUGGGCAACUAUGAGUUAAUGAAUCUACUGCUCCGACAUGGGGCUAAUGUCAAUUACUUUUGCAGAGUGAAUACGACACAUUUUCCAUCAGCUCUACAGUAUGCUCUGAAGGAUGAAGUCAUGUUAAGAAUGCUGAUGAAUUAUGGAUAUGAUGUGCACCGCUGCUUUGACUGCCCUCAGGGAAACAGUUCACAUUCCCAGUACGUGACUGAUGGAUGGACUUCUACAGUUAUCAAAGAUACAAUGUUCUGUGAAGUAAUAACCUUGUCAUGGUUGAAGCAUCUGGCUGGCAAAGUAGUGCGAAUAAUGUUAGAUUAUGUUGAUCACGUUCAUAUCUGCUGGAAGCUAGAAGCAGUUCUCAAAGAACAGGAUCUCUGGCCAGACAUCAAUGUGAUUUUAACAAACCCUCGCUCGCUGAAGCAUCUUUGUCGUCUGAAGAUACGGGCAUGCAUGGGCCGGCUACGUCUCCGUUGUCCUGUCUUCAUGACCUUCCUUCCACUGCCCAACUGCUUGAAAGACUACAUUCUGUACAAGGAAUAUGAUCUGUAUGGACAGGAAAAUUUCAUGGGAACCUACAACCUCAGCUGUACAUAA